GCAGAAAGUGCAGUUGGCUGUGUUUUCCUUUUUUCGCCUUCUAAGUUGCUUAUUUAUUUAUCUAUUUAUUUAUUUAUUUUGCUCCUUGGAGAAGGUGGUGUCAGACUAACCACGGUCGCAGCGCACUGGAACAGGCUGCCCAGAGGGACUGUGGAGUCUCCCUUGCUGGAGAUGCUCAAGAGCUCUCUGGACGAAACCCUGUGCCAUGUGCUCCGGGAUGACCCUGCCUGAGUAGGGAGGUGGGACCAGGUAAACCACUGUGGUCCCUUCCAGCCUGACCCAUUCUGGGAUUCUGUGGUUGUACCUGGUUCAUGGAUGCUGCCUUUGGCCUCGUUUGGCCUCGGCUGACCCAGCGCACACCUGCGGGGUUGUGCAGACCUCAAACCUAAAAAACCUUUAAGCCCAUACAAUUGCCAGCUCGUCCAGCUGGCUCUGUGGGUUUCGUCAUCCUCUUUCUGUGUUUCACAACAGUGAGGUGUCAGCGUGACCCGUCUGAGUGUUGUGUAUUGGCAUUGUGGUCAUGCCAGUGCGAGGGAAAACACAGGCUUGGCUUUUGGUGUGCUGUUCAGGUGACCCUCGGUGGGAAGCUGUGCAAGCCUCAAAGUUCCCAAGGAGAGAGUGGUUUAAUACUCACACACAUACACACCCUAGUGUGGGUGCAGAGGGUUCUUACUGUUUCUUUCAGUUUAAAGUUCUUCAUGCGUAUAGCUGCAUUUGUGUGAAACAGCAUAUUGCACAUAUGUGGUCAUUUUAAUAAAAAUAUAAAAUACAGGCCUAAAAUGUAAUUGUGUCACUUACUGUACUCCCAUUGCUUCCCUUACACAAGAAUUUAAAGGCUAAUAAAAAUUUAUAAAGACAUAUCCAAGAGAAGUCCUCUUCUGGUAAUUCCCAAGUCCAGGAACUGUAAUCUUUAUAUUACAGGCUGGUGUGCAUGUGUUUACAUGUUUCUUCCUGAUGAGUGUGUAUCAGCUAACUGGCCAGUGGCUGUGCCUGGUAACCUUUCAUUGGAGGGGAAAAAAACCCGCAAAUCUGUUAUUGAGCAGGUUUCAAAGUUGUAUUGUACAUACUGAAAAUUUAACUUCAAGUUAAAUCUAGUUAAUUAGACUGGCAGAAGAUUCCUGGUGAAAAGGAAAAAAUACGUAUGGCUUAUGUCGUUUUGCUCUGUUUUUCUCUUUAGAAAUGUAUUUAUUAAUUGAUGCUCAAAUUAUUUUGGAUCAUAGAAGUUGACUUCUAUGGGAUGUUUGCCAGUGUAAGAACUGCAAAUUUGUUUGAAAGCUUUCAGGGAAUGUGAGCUAUAUAUGUUACCAAAAGCAUUUGUGGGAAGAUUAUGCCCAGAAGAGGGAUUACUUUUAAUAUUCCCUUAAAGUGGAAAGCUCUCGCAGAAGGUGGAUCGGCUCGGACAUCACUUCUUAUUUUGGUCUCCAUAUUCUUAUCAGCUGCUUUCCUUAUGUUCCUGGUAUAUAAAAAUUUCCCACAACUUAGUGAAGAAGAAAGAGAAUGUAUAAAGGUUCCUAGAGAUAUGGAUGAUGCAAAGGCCUUGGGAAAAGUCCUGUCCAAAUAUAAGGACACGUUUUACGUUCAAGUGUUAGUGGCUUACUUUGCCACAUAUGUUUUCUUGCAAACAUUUGCUAUUCCUGGGUCUAUAUUCCUCAGUAUCCUGUCAGGGUUCCUUUAUCCCUUUCCGCUGGCCUUAUUUCUUGUUUGUUUGUGCUCAGGACUUGGAGCUUCAUUUUGCUAUAUGCUUUCAUACCUAGUGGGACGUCCUGUUGUAUACAGAUAUUUAACAGAAAAAGCAGUAAAAUGGUCAGAACAGGUUGAACGACACAGAGAACACCUCAUUAACUACAUAAUAUUUUUGAGAAUAACACCUUUUCUUCCCAAUUGGUUUAUCAAUAUAACAUCUCCUGUAAUCAAUGUGCCAUUGAAAGUGUUUUUCAUUGGCACUUUCCUAGGUGUGGCACCACCGUCUUUUGUAGCCAUUAAGGCAGGAACAACGCUGUACCAGCUUACAACAGCAGGGGAGGCUGUUUCCUGGAACUCUGUUUUUGUUCUCAUGUUUCUAGCCAUCCUCUCCAUCCUACCAGCUCUCUUCCAGAAGAAACUGAAACAGAAGUUUGAAUAAGGAUCAAACUGGACCAGAAUUUCCCAUACUUCAUCUCAGGAUCAGCACUUCUGAUAUUUGUAUAUUUGCUUUUCUAUUGGAUCUUAAGCAAUUAAAGGGGAGGCUUGUAAUUGAUAAGAAUGUCUUUAAAUGAACACAUGGCCUUAAAUGGAAGGAACUGUGUUCAGAUAUGUACUGCAUAUAGUUUUGUAACCAAACCAUCAGUGUUUUGCUUUGGGUGUGUGUGUGUGGCUCUCAGAAUGAGGGAAGUGAAAACAUAGGUGUAACAUCUUGCUCUAGUUAUAUGCAGAGCAAAAAUUGUAAUGUGCUGAUGCUUUCUAACACUUGGAAGAAAAAAACCUUAAUUACCCAGUCCAACUUUGUAACAUUCUCUGUAGGCUUGCAUGUGAUCUGGUCUGAGAGCAUUUCUCACUAACAAUAUUUCCCUUCCUUUUUGCCUUUGGGAGUUUCAAAAUAAUAAUAUAAGAACGGUGCUCAAUCAGAAACAAAGGUUCUUUGCAGUACUUUAACUACAAUGUUAUUCUCAUCCUGUUUGUUUACUUCUAUUUAUUAGUGCUGUGUGGAAUUAAAUACUUGAACCUACAUCUGCUUUACUAACUGGAUUAACAAAGGUGAAGUGUCACAUCAUUCCCUCUUGUCCUCUGUUAAGUUUUAUUCUGGGAGAGGAUAUAGAAAGGGAGAGAGCAGCUUAGAAUUUUUAUCUUGGCUGGCUGAUGAUUCUUAAGUUCUAAUUUUAAUUUUUUUCAUGUUUAUUAUUUUGCCAAUAUUUCACUUGCAUAGAUUUAUCCUGCCAAUUUAAAGUGAUCGUAUGGUUAUAUAAAACUUUCAGUUCUCAAGUGAUUUAAAAAUGCUUAAGCAGUGUAAUAUUACCAUUUCACAAGCAAUAUGUAAAGACUAUAGAAUUCUUCAUUGCAGCUUGUUUAGCUAGAAGAAAUGUCAGGUACACAAACUGGUGCAGUUCCUGUUAAGUAGCUGAUCCCAAAUAAUGCUCAAAGCACCAUGUGACAGCAGGCUCUUGUGUCAGUGUAUAUAAAAAUGAAAGGAGGGUUCCAUUGUCUCCUAACUCAGGAACUGGCAAUGGGCAACCAGCUCUGGUUCACCUUCAGGAGAAAUACGUGUGAGGUAUGUGAUACCUCUCCCUGUGUGCUUCCAGCUGUCGUAGUUUGUUGUGUUGUCAGUGGAAUCCCAUGAAACGAGGCCCUGACCAGUGAGGAACUGGGGAGGGCACUGGAGUUUUACCCCUCUGAAACCAGUGCUGCUGACAUGCUUUAAGUUGGUGCCCCUGCAGUGUCUUGCUGAAAUGGGAGUCAACACAUCAGCAUGUGCUCCAGUUCCAGGGUUUAUUUGUCUGUGUCCUCGUGUUAACUCAUGAUCAUAUCACAGAUCUUUGAGAUGUAAGAGAACAGUUCCAUAAAUGUGAUACUGUAAAAGGUACUGGUACCUUUAAAUGGGUUUAUUCAUUUUGUAACAUAAUGUUAAUUGACUCUUUCAUUUCAUCACAGUAUUAUAUGUAAAUAUAUAGUAAAUACUAUUGAUACACUAUUUGUCUUUUAUUUAAAUCUGGGCUGCACAGUAAAUGGUAUUUUUUACAUAAGGAAUUCAUAUCAGUUCUGUUUGCAAACUUAUUGUAAGAUCAUUCAGCUUCAGCAAUUAUUUUGUUAUAUAGAAUUUACUCUAAAAGUGUACUUUGGCAUUUAAAACUGAACAGUGAUUACUUUUAUUGCUGCUGUUCUAAUCUCCAGAGUUCCUCUACCCAAGGGAUUUAUUCCAUAGUAACUCUGAGUGUGAAUUUAGCUGUGUGAGCAAGGGUCCCCUGGACUACUGAGUAUGAAGCUGCUGUAGAUUUACAGCCUGCUUUUCUGCAUAGUUAAUUUUUCAUGCAGAUGAGCUCUUAGAAUAAAUUACCUACUACUUACUGUCCAGUGGCUUUUGUCUAAAUUUCUGGUCAAUAACAGAUGCUGUUGUAAAAUCCCUUCUAUGCUGUGUAAAGCCAAUGUUUUGGUGGAACCUUGACACUAAAGAAGGAACUGAGCUAUGUUUCAAUCUAACUAUGCUAUCACUUGACUUUUUCACUGAGUUCUGUUUCACUGUGUAGAUGGGAUCAGGCUUUGUUACUCAAAACCUGUGUUUGAGCCAUAAGACUGAGUUCCCAUCACAAUGACUAAAAGCCUUAAAACCUUAAAAAGGUUGAAAAUAAGGUUCUUUAUUUUUUCAAAACCUUAGCAUUUUUUUAACCUGUCCCUUCCAUGUUUAUCUUCAGCUGCCAACAGCCUGAAGUGGUUCCCUACCCCAUGAAGAGUUCUGAGGGUUUUGAAGAGUAAGGCAGGCCUUGUGAAAAAGGCAAAGAAAAGCACUGUGCUGUGGAAUACUGUACUAGCCUACUCUUUCCUGUAGGGAAUCCAGCAAGUGAUCCGAGAGAGAGCUGUAACAUUUUGGCAGAAAAACAGCGGCUACCAAGAAACUUACCAGGAAAUCAGAAAGAUGUAGCUUUGUUUUUUAAUUGCAAGGGAUUUUGAGCUGUUAGGUGACCUGUUUAUCUUCUGGAAUUUUUUGUGAUACCUGCAUGACAUCAUUACUAAGUGUCUCUCUUUAUUUGAUAAUAAAGCUAUUAUAUAAAAUAUGAA